CUGGAGAAGUUACGCACUGGGAAAGCAUCGUACUCGGCAAUAAUCACACGAGGAAAGUAUCUCAGGGGCUAGGAAUUAGCCUGACAUCGCAAAGUGUGUCUUGGACUUCAGAUCCCGGCAAUGUGCUCAUGCCAACACACACAUCUCAACAGGAAGCAUAUGCAGUGACGAUAUAGACCUACUCACAAAGCCUAUGCACAUAUACAUUUGUUAAAGGGAGUCAUGAAAUCAAGAUGGCGGGCUUCCAAAUUCAACAGAUUUACAAACUCAAAGUUGUCAUUGUUGGUCCCAUCUCUGUGGGGAAGACGUCGCUAGCCGUCCGUUUUGCCAAGAACACCUACGAAGAUAUUUACAACCAGACGAUCGGGGCAUCAUUUAUUUCGAGAUCUAUGGACGUAGGCAAUCGGACUUUCAUGUUCCAGCUAUGGGAUACUGCUGGACAAGAGAGAUAUCAUUGUCUGGUGCCCAUGUACCUACGUGACAGUCACAUAGCCCUAGUCCUCUAUGAUAUCACUGAUAUGACAUCCUUCGGAUUGGUGACCCUGUACCUAGACUUGUUACAGAAAAACGCCCCUGAGAGAGUCGUCAUCGUUCUGGUUGGGAACAAAGAGGACAGAGCCUCUGACAGAGUCGUCACGACGAAGAUGGGAAGGGAUUUCGCUCAAACAAACAAGCUGUUGUUUAUGGAGACCUCUGCCAAAACCGGUCAAAACGUUGAUGAUGUUUUCAUUUUAGCUAGUAAAAAUUUACCCAACGAAAUUUCAAGCCGUCGUCAUUUUACGAAAGUGGGGACAUUGUUUUUCCGGAGAAAGUUCGACGAGUGUCAUCCACUCAUGCGCAGAGAAGGUGUUGUUCCUCGUGAUGCAUCACGUGACUCAGAUUUACACAAACUGUUAUAAUGAACCAUGAACUUUUUAAGCAAAAUUUAGACACAUUUUGCAUUUUGUUCUAAUGUGUUCACUAUACAUUUGCAAAUAAAGAUUUGAAUCUCGCGUGUGUUACCUGAAUAAUUUUAGGAGAAAAAAAAUUAAAGUUAUAUGCAA